CAUUCGAUUUCGUUCAUUCGACUUGUCGCCGGCAACGCACGCGCACGCUACUGCACUUGAUUAUUAUUUUUUACUAUAACUAUAACCGUCAUUAUCGUUAUAGUGUCGAUCAUUCCCAUCGCAUUCCGCGUAUUUUGUACCGUUGUACUUACAGUCCACGCGACGAAGACCACGGUUUACGGUUUUUCUCCUUUUUUUGAUGUUUUAGAUUUUUAAUCUUUUCAUUUUGUCUUGCGCUCAGCUCGAUUGAACUUCGUGGCAGUGCGCCGUUUAUACUUUUCGUCUACCCUUUAAUUGGAUUAAUAUAAUAUAUAUAUCAUACGUUCAAACCACAGAACUGUCGGUGAUACGCCCGAAGUUGUACUUCAACAUUCUUUCUCAAGAGUAAAUGGGUUUUACGACUGAACAAUGAGUGUAAGAACAUCUAUUUGUUUGAUUUCUUUGAAUAUCCUUUUAGGAUUUAUUUUGUUUGUUAGAGGUGAACAUUUCUAUUUGCCCAAGGAAAAUAACGUUUUCUCUAACGAUUUGCAAGAUGACUGGGUACCGGUAUCCGGUAUUGAUAAAAGGUCAACCAGAAUCAACAAUGGAUUUUCACAAGUUGUUCAUAUAACGCCACCUGUCCGGUAUACUAAUCGACCGGUUAACCAACAACCAGCGGCUUCUAACAAAAUUGAAGUGUUCGCUCAACCACCGCCCACUAUACUAGGUUCUUUUAGCGAGUUCGGUCACGCAACAAUUGAAGCACGAGAACCAGCACACACUUUAAACUUCAGGCCUAGCUACAACUUUGAUAGACAUUACGAAGAGACUAACGAUCGGCGUUUUCAACAGAAUGACUACAACGAACCAGAAGACCAAAAGCCUCCCGCAAUUGUAGUGUUCAACGCUCAACAACGUCAUCCUCAAAACUAUCAAAAGCCACCACCAUUGCAACCACCUCCGCAAUUCUAUCAAAACUUCCAAUUCCAUAAUAUCAACAACAAUCCCAAUAAUAACAAUAACAACCCCAGCACUAACAACUACAACAAUAACCAUAAGAGCUUUGGGUUUAAGGAACUACCAAUCGUGCAAGAUCCACCCAAGAGACUGACGUCAUAUUAUGUGUCCAAUGAUCAUAUUUUUCCGAGACCACAGGGUAAUAACAAACAGGUGUACGCGGAACAACGGCCAAAACCUUAUUUAGUGAACCCCUUGGAUUCAAUACAACAACCACAUAAACAACAUCAUCACCAUCACCAUCACCAACAACAACAACAACAACAACAACAACAACAACCAUCACCGCCACAACAACAGGAAUACAUAUCUUCUACAGAAGGAGGAUCGUCGACGCACUUCCAAAAAUACCCAGGUCACGUUAAAAAUCAAAAUUUAUACCCUCAAAUCUCGAAUUUUGCACGACCAUUUGAACAGACGAGUGGAGAUCAAAACGUUUUUAUAAAACCCAAUCAGUAUGUGCAAAACUUGAAUGUAGGUACAGAGAUGCGGUUCGGUCAGGAACACAGUGGCCAACCAACCCGACCGGUUACUGUAGACUUGCCAACUUCGUUCACACACCCAGCGACCAGGCCGUUCAGCAAGUACCAGACACCGUCGCCCAAAAACGAAGAGCUUUAUCGGAUAUUCCCAGUGAAGGAAGUCAACGCGCUGCCUGCAUUUUUGCCCACACCGGUUACAUUAGGUCACCAACAACCUGUGAACGGCCGUCCGAAGGCGCCGUACUUUAAGGCAGCGGCAGCGGCGGCGGGUGGUUCAUCAGAGUACGACGCUCACGAGGAACAGGACGAGAACGAGUCCAGCGAACAUUAUGAUAUACUAAAAAGCUCUACCAAACCGAUGUCGACCUCAACCACUACCACUACCACGGUUGCACCAAAAACAACGCGCAAACGAAAACCGACGACGACGACGACGACGACGACUACCUCGACGACUACUGCCGUGCCGGACGACUACGACGAGUACGCUGUCCCUAAUCGCCAGCAAUUGCAGUUACAAGAACACCAACAGGACUACCGUCCGCGACAAAAAUACCAACAACUACACCAGGAUUAUGAAACGGUGGCUGUUUCGACGACGACGGAGGCGUUGACGACCUACGCGCCCGUCAGAGAAGAACGACCGGUUCCGGUGUCAGUGAACAAAUUUAAGAAAAAGAAACCUUUGCCGUCGUCUAGACCUAAAGAACCGUACCCGGCAGUCGAGUAUGAAAACGUGCCUGAUCGAGUGACGUUGGCGCCGACCACCACGACCACGACUGCGGCGACCACGACCGCGGCUACUACAACGACCACGACCGCAUCGCAGUCGAGUGCUGCCGAGGCUGCGGCGUCGGACGUGCGCACAAAGACGAAAGCCAAGUACGGUAACGGUACGCGACCGCGGUUCAGUAUCAAAGACUAUAAAACCACGACCAGUACGACGACGACCACAUCCACCAGUACGGAGAAAGCGCCGUAUACGAUAGGACGGAGGACGACGACCACCGCGAGUCCCGCGCCCACGGACCCGGAAACCGUCGAACAACCCGCAAACACGACAGUCCGGAAGUCCUACAAACCGCGAGUCCGGCCCAACCGGUACAAGGCUGGCACAUCGACGACGUCUACCACGAACGAACCGCAACAACAACAGCAACAGGACACCAGCACCGAACGGGCGGCGUAUCGGAGCAAAUACAAGCCCGGUAAGUACUACAACAGGCUGAGAACGAGUACCGAUUCGGCGGCAACGGUGGCAGUGGCGGACGACGGUGGCGAACCGGCGGCCACGGAGCCUACUAGACCGGCAGUGUACUCGGCCAAACGGCGGACGGUGCCGACCAUCAGGACGGCCGCGGUGCAGUCGGCUACGGUGGCGGCGGCCGAAGAGCACAACGCGCUCAGGAGGAGUUCGUCCGUGUCUCCGAUCGAUGAUAACGCUUCUGAAGCGAUGGACGCAGCGUCUUCCGAAGACGUAGACUACGUCGCAACCACGGUCGCGGUAACUCCGGUGGCACCGAGACACAAGUAUCACACUUCGUACGUGGCCGACAGACCGUUGUUGCCCAUCGAAUCGUUCUUCCAGUCGUCGAUGACCAGCAAACGGCAUCACAACGAAAGGCGAUGAUCACCGAUACUAAUUAUAUACAUAUAUAAUAGAUAUAUUUAUAUACGUAUAGCAGCUCAACACGUAAUUUUAUAAUAUAAUAUUAAUAAAAUAAUAAAUUAUUGGAACAGUCAUGCUCUACUGCAGGUGCUUAAGACGAGAAAUAUCCGACCAAACGACGCAGAUUUACGCAUUUAUGUAAAUACGUCGGCCAUCGGCCCUAUAUUUCAUAUUAUAUCUACCUAUUUAUAUUUAUAGAUUUAUAAACGAACGAUCGAAGUACUUGAUUUGUAGUGUAUCAAUGGUUUAGUACCGAUGUCAAUAUUAUAGAUUUUCGUAACUAUUCACAUCUUUGAUUCAUGUCAAUGGCUUUCAUAAUAUUACUGCUUGUAUAUUCACCGGAACCUGCGUGUACUCGUAUUGAAUGAUCGGAUAUUUCUAGGUUUUUGUGUAAUUCAAUACCAUAAUUUUAAAUAUCGUUAUUGCGUGUCACCGUCGUCGCCAAUCUAUACAUUUUUACUACGACAUAAUAUUAGGUUAGGUACACAUUUCUAUACUCGUUAUAGGUAGUCUCAUCUUAAACCACUCUCCUCUAAAUAUAAAUUGUAAUUUAUAACACUAUCUGAUUAAUAUUUCGUUGUGACAUUAUUAUUGUAGUGAGUAGGUUUUUUUUUCUAAACAUUUUUUGUACAUAAAAAAUUAUAUUUAUAGU